AUGUCGGCUCAACCGCUGGUCACGAUUCCGCUCACUCAGAGCCAGCUCCAGCUCGUCAUGGCGCAAGGCUUUGUCACCAUCCCUGGAACCGCCAUCAAUGUUCCGAUUUCGAACAGCAUGACUGUUCCGGUCGCGCCUAACCCCCCGAACUCCACGAACGCAAUCUCUCAGUUGGUCAUUCAUAGCCAGUCUGGAGCCGGUGCGCAGGCCGCCAUGUCUCAGCCCACUCAGACGCAACAGCCGACACAGGACCAGCCCGAGAAGAAGAAGCGCACCCUCAACUGCUUCGUGGCUUUCCGCUGCUACAUAUCCCCCAUCUUCCAGAAGUUCCAACAGAAAGAACGAUCUGGGCUUGUGAAGGUGAUGUGGGCUGUCGAGAUGGUCAAGGCCAAGUGGACCAUCAUCGCUAAGGCCUAUUCUGUCAUCCGCGAUGAGGUUGGCUCCGAGAAUGCGCCCAUGGAUGCCUUCCUCAACCUCGCGUGUCCUCACAUUGGUAUCAUCAGUCGCGAGAACUAUCUCAGCACCCUUGGCUGGGAGUUUGUCAAUACUGGCAGUGGCUGGCAGCUCAACCGUCGCUUCAUUCCAGGCACAGACGACUUGCCCCAGGGCUACCUCACCACCACGUUGUCGGUCGACGACAUGAUUCAGUUCGUUCGCAGUAACGGCUACGGUAUUGCUGCCCAGACCGCCGCUUCUAGCGCUGGUAGCAGCAACAACACCGGCGGCUCAACUCUUGCCAUGGCAGCCCAGCCGGUUCAGCCUGCUCAGCCUACUCAGGCUGCCGUCCCGCCGGCUCAAACUAUCCAAGCUACCAUCCAGCCAGCUCAGCAAGCUCAGCAAGCUCAGCCGAGCUCUAACCUCACUCAGAUCGCUCCCACGUACCAGAUGCCUCACGUCCAUCAGCCGCAGCCCUUCACCUUCUGGACUGCUCAGCAGGCUCACCCAGGCGCUCAGCCCACCAUGCACCCAGUCCCCAAUGACGUCGCUUUUGCGAACCUGCAGCGAGUCGCACAGACCGGUGAAGUUACCGUUUACGACAGACUUACUCACGCACUCGUGGACGGCACCGAUGAGGAUCAGCUUGCCCAGAUCCUCAACCUCGAUCCGGAUCCAAGUGAUUGUACCACCACCCGCAUGGAGCACGCUCACCCCACGCUCUUCGAUAUGUCUACCAACGCCCAGCUCAAUGGCAAUGAACUCCGUCCCUACUUCCCGAUGAACGACAGCCGUCUCAAGUUCAUUGAGAUUGCUCCUGAGAAGUCUGACACGAUGGAAGUUGGUGAGAAGGCUUUCCAGAAGCUCGCCUGUGACCUCUGGGAGAAGGACUCAGAGUAUCCUCAUGGCGAUCAGUUCAUCCCCGGCCGUCACUACUCAACUUUUGGAGACUAUGAGCGUGAAGUCAUGCCUGACUACGAUGCAUUCGACAUGCACCGUCUCGCUCAUGUUUGGCCUACGGAUGAAAGCUACGACGCCUUGCUGAGCCAGAACCAGGGCUAA